AUGUCUUCCACGACCGAGUUCAACCUCGUGAUCACCAAUGGUGUUUGCGUGACAGCAAGCGAUGUUGCAGCGUGGGAUCUUGCCAUCAAAGAUGAAAAGAUCGUGCUGCAGGCACCAUCCGGAUCGCUAUCUAAGGCGAGUUCCAAACGAAUAAUUGAUGCCAGAGGCGGUUAUGUCAUGCCUGGUGGAAUAGACUGCCAUGUUCAUCUUGAGGAACCUGCAAUUUAUUUCAAAGGUUCUACCGGCCGCUCAGCUGACAGUUGGGAAACUGGAACUCGGUCGGCCGCGGCUGGAGGCAACACAACCGUCGUCGCCUUUGCGCCUCAGAGAAAGGGCGAAGACAACUCCCUGUUAAGUGCGGUCAAUGCAACCCAUAAGCUUGCAACAGGAAACUGCUACACAGAUUAUGGCUUUCAUGUCAUCAUCUCUGAUACCAGCCCCAAGGUGUUGUCCGAGCUGAAGACACUCAAGAGUGAGGAAGGAAUUUCCUCCGUCAAGAUCUACAUGACGUACACGGCUCUCCAGCUUCGCGACGACCAAAUUCUGAGCAUUCUUCUAGAAGCACGUCAGAAUGAGAUUCUUACUAUGAUCCAUGCUGAGAAUGGUGAUGUUCUCAACUGGCUCACAGAUCAACUUGAGUUACAAGGCAAAUUUGCGCCAAAGUACCACGCAAACUCGCGCCCGCCUAUCCUCGAAGCUGAGGCGACCAAUCGCGCAAUAGCUCUAUCAUCCCUCAUCGCUAACACACCUAUUCUGCUCGUGCAUGUCAGCGAUCCCUCGGCCUCCUCACGCAUCCGCAUCGCUCAAUCCACUGGACAGCCUAUCUUUGCAGAGACCUGCCCGCAGUAUCUCUUUCUGACAAGAGAUGACCUGGACAAGCCUGGCUUCGAAGGUGCAAAGUGUGUGUGCUCACCUCCGCCCCGGACGAGUGCCGAUCAGGACGCUAUCUGGACGGGUCUCGCGAACGGAACUUUUACGGUACUCAGCUCUGACCACUGCCCAUUCCGAUUCAAUGACCCCGUGGCGGGUAAGAACUCUUGCGUCACGGCUGACCAUCCCGUGGGUCAAUUCCGCUAUAUACCCAACGGUCUGCCUGGUGUUGAGACUCGAUUACCUCUUGCGUUCUCGGCACAAAGGCUAGCCCUGACAAAGUUCGUCGAGAUGUCCUCCACCAAUGCGGCUAAGCUCUACGGUCUGUAUCCUCGAAAGGGUGCAAUGAUCCCUGGUGUCUCGGAUGCGGACUUGGUCAUCUGGUAUCCGGAGGACGAGCUCGGUGACUUCCAAGUUGCAAACGACUUACUUCACCACGAUGUCGACUACACGCCUUAUCAAGGACGAAGUGUGAGGAAUUGGCCGAGAUACACGAUAUUGAGAGGCAAUGUGGUUUGGGACCGGGAUGGAGAAGGCAUUGUCGCGUCAAAAGGUGUUGGCCAAUUCAUGAAGCGUGGAUCCAGCACCUUAGGACAGGUCUGGGAGACGGUGAGGAAAGCUGGCCCACUUGAUUUGGAGAGCCUUUGA